UCCCUCUGCGGGUUCGCAAAAUUUACUUAUCGUUGCAGUUAAACGUACUAAAUUUUUACACUCAUUUAUAAUGAAGGAGUUAAUUGAAAGGAAAGGAUAUUCUUGUUUUUAAAUUUCCAAAUUGGAAAUAUUUUGUGCCACUUUAUUAAAAAUUUCUAGAAAGAGACUUUAUACAAUAUUGUCACUGUUAUACUGAAUAUGCAUUCAGUAAUAUUCACAUUAACAAUAAGAGUCAGAAGAAUACAACUCCGAACAUAUUCCUAAAUCGAUUCCUGAACACCCGUUAUAGACACCUAGUUAUAUCACCCACCCAAUAAUGCUUCGUUCAAGUCGCGUUGAUUCAAAUAUGUUUUAAUUUACGUCAUACUGUAAUUUCAUAUCACAUCAUUUGACUAAAAUUAUCAUGAUCUUUUAAGUUUUAGCGGAAAAAAACAAAAGAUUCCUGAUAAGUUAUAUUCUAUUCACGCUAUAAUGAAGAGACACAUGCACUUCCCGUGUCUCUGUAGGUUGCAAAAAUCAUUUUUCUCGAGCGUAAAUAUAUCUACUCGUCAUUAAGUGAAAAUGCGACUAGCAAUAUUUGUUCUUUGCUUGAAUAUUUACUGUGCAGCGACAUUAGGAGAUAAUAUCCUGACUCGCAUUCAUCAUCAACGCGAUCGUCUUGCUGAUGCCUUUCAUAAUUGGUUCAGAAAUACCAAAACCGUUAUUGCCUUUGAAAGUUUGGGAAAGAUAUUGCUGAAUUCCGGAGGAAUAAAUAAAAAUAUAGAGGGACAAUUUUCUCUUGUAGACUUAAAAACCCUAAAGUUCGACCCUGAUAGAAAGGAUUGGGGCUUUCGAAUAGGCAAUUGGUACUAUAUCCACAAGAAUAGUAAGGUCGCGACCGUUAAUUCAGUGGAAUGGAAUGAUGAUAGAAGCAAAGAGAGUGAAGUGGGGUUUGAAGACUUCUCAGGUCAAAAUGGCAGUCAACGGGAGGUUGGGCAAGCCUCCUCCUCGCCACUGGAGCCCGAUGGUGUAUCGAUUCUAGCAGUAAAGUCUCCCAACGGUGAUGCUAAAAGCAAAACGGACAAUAAGGCCAAUAAUGUUUCAGGCAAUGAGUUCUCUGUAGAAGUUCUAAAUCCCAAUGAAUCCAAGUAAACGUUUUAUAAUUCCUGAUCUGCUUAUUAUAUAACUUUGACAACGCCCUAAUACUGAUGUAGGAAAUAUCCUUAUAUAUGAUAUCAUAUAACACCCAUUACAUAGUGCUACUUGGAAAAAGUGAUACAAAAUCAUUCUAUUUUUUGUAUUUAGACGACUUUCGACACAUAUAUUUAAUAUUUAGUAGUAUUCGAAGUUUCUUUAAAUUAUGCACUGUAGUCAAAAAUAUAUUAUAUUCAACAUUUUAGUUAGAGAUCCUCUUCUUAUUCAUUUAUAUAAAAAAUUAAUACAGCACUUUAAUGAAAGCAGAAAAUUUAAAAAAAGUAAUCAAACAAAAAAGUGCUAUAAUUUUUAUAAUUAUAUAUCGCCAAGUGCGCGUAAAAUAAAUUUCUAUUGAAAUUGUCUUAAACUAGGAUUGUAAAAUCUAAAAUGUCAUUGAAACGUAUUUAGAUUGUAUCUAUUCUCAUCGAUUCCUUUCAAGGCAUAUUUUUCUUUUUUGCUGGCAUCUAUACUAUAUAUUAUUUAAAAAAAAGCCUGUAAACCAUUAAUUGAACAAAUGUUCCAAAUUCUAAUUUUGAUUAAAUUUAUAGAGCCUAAAAAAAUUAUAAAUAUCUCAAUAAAUCCACAGAUAAUUAUAGAAUUUAGUUAAUUCUUCUAUACCCGAGCUCAAUCUCUUGCGUAGACUAGAGAUAAGAUUUUUUGUCCAACAAUUUCGUUAGAAUUUUUUUUUUACAUUACAAAUAAUUCAUUUGAUGAUAUUAUGGGUCUACUGUAAACCGCAGUGUUGGGAAUUAAAAUUAUAUAACUUGUUCAACAAAAGAAAGAGUAGAUUCUAUUGGUAUGAAACAGAUAUGAUGAUGAUGUGCACAUUUUCUUACUCUAAAACCUUUUGAAUGAAUACAUGUUUCACUUGGGCCUUAACAAUCUAAGACAAUGAUUUAUCUUGGUGAUAAAAUGAAUAUUGUAAAUGUUAUUAAUUUAACAAUUAAAAAUUUUUAAUAUAACUAUUAGGUAUUGUAAAAGGUAUUGUAUUUGAAAGAGGUCGCAUCAUAUGAAAUAUUGCCAGAAUAUUGUAAAACAUUUCAGCAUUAGGGUUUCAAUUUUGCAACAAUGCAAUCUGCUGCGAUCAUUGCAAAAUUUUAAUAUUAUAAUAAUAUUUUGUGCUGUGUGGGUAACAAAAAUCAAAACUAUAAAUCAGAAUCCAUUUGUAUAUUGGUAUAAGAUAAUAAAGAACUGUCUUCGCUUAAAAGGUAAUGCAGUUUCUUUUUGAAAAUCUUCCUUAUGAAAUAAGAGAUGUUGCGUAACGUUAAGUUAACUUAAAUGGUCUCAUAAUGAAAAAAGACACAAUAACAACUUGUUUCUUCUCAAGGUUAGAGUAUUUUUAUAAAGGAUUAUUUACCAUGGUAAAGUAGAAAUAAAUAGAACUAAAAUUGGCGCGCUAUGGACAUCUAUAGAAAGCUUCAUGAACUAACGUAAAGAAAUAGAUAAUGAGAUAAUUCAGAUUUUAAAAAAACACUCAUCUUUAUUAUUUACUACUUUAUGAGGGACACAUGAUU